AUGGCCACUGAACAUGUUCAUCAUCUACAAACUUUGUUGGAUGAUGAUUGUUGGCAAUUAUUUGUCAAACAUGCCUUUGGAGAUAAUUUUGACCAGAAUAACUUCAAAGAGUUGCAAGUACUUGGCAAACCAAUAGUGGACAAGUGCAAAGGUCUUCCGUUAGCAAUAAAAUCUCUUGGUGGAUUGCUACGUUCAGAAGGUAAUGCCAGGAAAUGGGAGGACAUACUUAACAGUGACACAUGGGAAGAGUUGUACAAGAAGGAGGGUUCCAUUCUUUCAGCUUUAUGGUUGAGCUAUCGUCACUUGCCUACACAUCUCAAGCAAUGUUUUGCGUAUUGUUCCAUCUUUCCUAAAGAUUAUGAAUUUGAAAGAGAAAAAUUGAUUUUGUUAUGGAUGGCAGAAGGAUUUUUGCCAAUGGAUACGAAAAGUAAAAAGAUGGAGGAAUUUGGAAAGGAAUACCUUGAAGAUCUCUUAUCAAGGUCCUUCUUUCAAAAUUCAAGUAAGAAUGAAUCCCUUCUCCAAAUGCAUGACCUCGUACAUGAUCUAGCCAUACUUGUAUCAGGUGAUUUUUGUUCCAGAUUAGACUUGAGCCAUGAUUUACUUGGCUUUUCAACAAAUAUUCGUCAUGUGUCAUAUAAGGGAAAGUCGGACAAUCUUAACAAACUUACCAGUUUGAGUAAAGCUAGUUGUCUGCGUAGCUGCUUAAAUUGUUAUGUCAAAUCGGAGCUGGUAUCGAACUCCUUCAUCCAGCUUUCGAUUAUAUGA